GGAAUGGCUUCCGACCUUUGGAGAGCAAGAAGUGAAACAGCCCCUUUGGUGACUCAGGGACAAGGAAAUAGACGUGUAGCUGACAAGUCUUGUGGCUGGGGGAGCCGAGUCCGGGUGGGACUCAGAAUCCCACGUCCAGCCCGGGCUGCAGGCCGUGCUGCCGGCCGUGCCGCCGUUUGAGUCCUUAUGGAGUAAGCAGAUACUUGUUGCCACCUCACUGUGUGUCGUGUCAUGUUCUAGGCCUUAGGAUACUAGUGUAUAGGACAGAAAGUCCCUGCUCUGUCUAGAUCUUGUGUUCUAGUGGUGGAAGAAAGAAGGCAGCAGCCCUCUCUCCCCGUUACACACUUUUACAGAUUGUGGUAAACGUGAAGAAAAUAAGCGGUGACAGAGGUAGAUGGUAAAGCGAGGACCACUUUAGGUGGAAGGGUCAGUGAAGAGCACUAGGAGGAAGUGUCAUGUGAAUUGGCAUCUGAAGGACCAGAGAAAGCAGUCCUGUAAAGAGAGCAGCAUCUCAGACAUGUUGAAAAAGAUGUUUUGAUCCCCAAAAUAAUGAGAGAAAAGGCCCGAGAGAGAUGUUCUGAACAAGUUCAAGGAGGAGCUUCAAGAUGGCGGAAGAGUAAGACGUGGAGAUCACCUUCCUCCCCACAGUUACAUCAGAAAUACAUCUACACGUGGAACACCUCCUACAGAACACCUGCUGAACGCUGGCAGAAGACCUCAGACCUCCCAAAAGAUUUCACUAAAUGUUGCAAGGACUCUGGAAUCCUUAUGGUAGUAAAAUGCCGCAAAGAAAAUUCUGCAUUGAAAGAAUGUCUAACUGCUUACUAUAAUGAUCCAGCCUUUUAUGAAGAAUGCAAAAUGGAAUACCUGAAGGAAAGGGAAGAAUUCAGAAAAACUGGAAUUCCUACCAAAAAAAGGCUGCAGAAGCUUCCCACAAGCAUGUAGGCAAAUAUUCAAAUGAUACUCAGUAACGCCAAUGUUCAUGGAAAUCACAGUCACCUGAAAUGAUGGACUCAAAGAAGUGUCUGCUUUAUCCUUAAUUAUGGAAAUAAUUUUAUCUGAAAUAAAGGUUUUUCUUAAAC